AUGACAAAUAACAAAGAAGAAGAAUGUCCCUACAUUUUAUGGGAUGAUAAAGUUGUUUAUGAAGGCCGUUGGCUUAGGGCAAAACAAGUAUCUUUUAAAAGAAAAGAAAAUGGUACACCUGGAAUCUGGCAAAUUGCUGAACGAGCCACCAAACCAAAAGAUGCUGAUGUUGCUGGAAUUUGUGUUAUUGGUAUAUUAAAAAGAGAUGGAAAAAAGUUUUUGGUUCUUGUUAAACAAUAUAGGAUUCCUGUUAGAGCAUGGUGUAUUGAAUUUCCAGCUGGUCUUGUUGACAAAGAGAAAGAAUCUAUUAUUGAAGCUGGAUUAAGAGAAUUGAAAGAAGAGAUUGGAUAUGUAGCUGAUAAAGUUAUAUUAGAACCAAGAAAUAUUCAAUGUUUAAAUCCAGGAUUAACUGAUGAUUCAGUACAAUUUAUGGUUGUUGAAAUUGAUGGAGAUAAUGAAAUAAAUAAAAAUCCUAAACAAUCAUUAGAAGAACAUGAAUGUUUAAGUGUUGUUUUAGUUGAAACAGACAAAGUUUUUGACUAUUUAGAUAAACUAGAAAAAUCAGUACAAGUUGAAGCAUUUGUUUAUACAUUAGGAAUAGCUUUAAAAUUUAACUCAUGUUUUUUUUAA